CCUGACUUGAUUGUUUACACUUAAGGCAGAGAAAGCGGUAGAUUAGUAUAGAGUACAGUACAGUACAGUACCCGUCUACCAUGAUUUCCUAUCUUCUAGAAGAAUGCUUCUGCCUCGCUCAUCUCUCCUGCUGUCUCGCAUUGUGGAUGAGACCACGGAGUAAUCAAGUGAGACUGAACAGCAGUGCCUGAGCCCGCGAUGGAACCAUCACCCGCCGUUUUGGCCCCAAUGCCGCUAAGCCUGGCGUGGGAUGGGCGAUUUGGAUGGGUUCAAUUGAAUUGGAUCGCCGGUUCUUUCUUUGUCUUGGUGUCGGGCUCAGGGCUGCGGCUGAACAGCGUCUGGUCUCCACCCGAUCCCUGGCUUGGUUUGUUUUUCAUACAGUGUGAGCAGUACUUGUACAGUACAGUACAUGUACUUACCUUUCCCCAUUUCGACUACUUCCGACUUCGAAUUUGAUCCACCCUAUAUUAUAUCUAGUCUAUAUUGAAUGACCUUGACUAUUUCCAAGAC